GAUCAUUUUCACCCACUGACAACUGUGAUUGUCUGGACUUCGAUCUGCCAAGAAACGCUCCACACAGAUGGCGAGAGAGAGAACAUGGAGGUUGAUUUCACCGUCUCUUACCGGCCUCGGUAUAAUCGAGCUCUAAAUAUUUCCUACCCAAGAUGGCGGCAGCCUCAUCCAUCCAGCCGCCAAGCGUUCACUCCUCUCUAGCCCGGGAUAGCGUACUUUCUCCGGAGAUGGACAGCCCCGAGAGCCGGCAGCCGGAGGACGAGGAGGCGGCGGCGGCGGCGCAGCCCUCUGAGCCGGCGAUUAGCCUCCGCGACCUGCCGGACCUGGAACCGGAGGAGAUCGAGAGGAGGCUGGCCAAAACUCGCCAGGAGCUGAGCAACAGGAGGAAAAUCCUCAUUAAAAACCUGCCGCCCGACACCACCAACCAGGAAGUCCAUGAAAUUCUGAAAGAAUACGAGCUGAAGUACUGCUUUGUGGACCGCAACAAAGGCACAGCCUUUGUGACUUUGCUGAACGGGGACCAGGCUCAGGAUGCCAUCCGCUCCCUCCAUCACAGCACUGUCCGUGGACGCCUGAUCAACGUCACCCUGCAGCCCACCGACUCCCUGCUCUGCCUCACCAACCUGCCGCACACCUUCACCGCCCAGCAGUUUGAGGAGCUGGUGCGCUCCUACGGAAACAUCGAGCGCUCCUUCCUGGUGUACAGUGAGCUGACGGGCCACUCCAAAGGUUAUGGCUUUGUUGAGUACAUGAAGAAGGAUUCUGCGUCACGGGCCCGCUCCGAGCUGCUGGGUCGGCCUCUGGAGGAUCGAUCGCUGAUGGUGCAGUGGAUGGACGUCAACCAGCUGAGCCAAGAGGAGAACCUGCACUCCAAGUGUCUGUGUGUGGACCGACUGCCACUGGACCUCUGUGACUCUGAAGAACUGACCCAGCUCUUCUCCGAAACCUAUAAACCUGUCUUCUGCCAGCUUGCUCAGGAUGAGGGCAGCCCAGUGCGAGGGUUUGGUGUGGUGGAGUAUGAGAGCGCGGAGCAGGCGGAGGCUGUGCUGAUAGAGAUGGACCGAACGCUGGUGGGAGGACAGGAGGUCCGUCUGUCACUUUGUACCCCCGGCACCUCAGGGAGAAGCACCUUGGCUGCACUCAUUGCUGCCCAGGGUAUGAUUCUGAGUAACAGGAAAGGCCUGUUACCAGAACCAAACCUGGCUCAGCUGCUGACCAGUAUGACCAACCCUGCCGCCCUGCAGAUCCUCAUGAGACCGUACCACACUGGGAAAAGAGGAGGAAAGUACGGACGUCACACCAGCCUGCCGUUCCUCAGACCUCCUCUCACCACAGCUCUGCUCACGCUGGGAAAAGCACACCAGAGUGCUAUGCUUGGUAAUGGACUCGUCCUCCAGAACCUCCUGCACAUGCAGCUCGCACAGCAACAGCUUCUGCACAUCAAAGACAAACGCAUCAGCAGCGUCUCCAGUCUGCUCGGUGAUCCAUCCAGGCUGCUGAUGCAGAAAGCCUUGUCUCUGCGUCCUCCAGGCCUCGUUCCGCUGGGGAAAGGUCUGCUUGGAGACUCCCCUACAGAGCUGGGCCAGGAGUCAGUGCCAGCGUCUACCCACAAUGCCACAGUGGUGGUAUCGGCAGCAGGUGUGAUGCCGUUCCUCCAGGGUCGAGCUGGAGGAGUAGAUCAAACCAGCGUUCAUUCCGUGUCCACGACCCCAUCUGCUUCCUGCUCUUCUUCCUCCUCUUCCUUGUCCGCCUCCACCACCUGUGAGAGGCAGCCUGCACCUCCGGGGACGAUGGUGAGCUCCCAGCCGCAGGGACAGAGCUAUGCCUUGGGUAUAAGUAACUCGGGCUUUGGCCCCCCUCCACCUAAACUCCCUGGAGGAGUGUAUACAUCAACAGGCCAGCACAACAGCUCAGAUGGCUGCCCCCUGGCUAGCAUGGUAAACAGCGGUCAGAGUUCUUUGUUGGGGGAUCCUCCUAAAGAAGUGAGGCUACCCUCUAAUCCUUACCUAAACCUGGCCAGUGUCAUGCCAGGAGUAGUUCUGCAAGGGUCAGUGGGGAGUAAACCACAGGGAGGACAGCCUGCCUCUGGGGUGUACGGCAACUCGGUUGCCCCCGUGGUCUCCCAGGCAUCCGGCUCCUUCUCACACAGUGCGACAGCUACAACCACGGCCCCAUACAGCACUGAUACCUCCACUGACUACAGCCAGUACAACCAAGCCUACACCCAGGAGGCCAUGCAGCAGUGGUACCAGCACUACCAGGCAGCACAAGCUCAUACGUACAACACUGCUGCUCCACAGGACAACACAGCCACAGAGUACAGCAAGGAGCACACACAGACUCCAGCAGUGUCCUCCUAUGGGGAUUACAGUUCGUACAUGCAGGCUGUCACUCAGUACUACUCCCAACCUGCAACAGCCAACCAGGCCUACGCAAGCAAGGAGGUAGAUGUGUGUAAGCCUCUGGGAGUGUCUCUGCAUGCAGUCAGUAACGGUGCAGCUCCUCCACCGGCCGUCCUGCCUGCUGCCGCUGUGCUGCCGGCCUACAGCACCCUGCCUUUAAUGCCCAGCUUCCUUGGGGCGCCACACCCGGCGGCAGCCACUCCGAGCCCUGUCACGCAUGCACACACUGCCGCCACUGACUGGAACACCUACUACUAUAACCAGACGAGGGGCCAUAAGAGGGAGUAUCCUCAGCUGGCAGUGCAGGAGGUGACUUCCUCAGACGGUGCCUACAUCGGGCAGCACUCCCAGGGCCUGGGGGGGCAGUACGCUGACUACUUUAAGAGGAAGAGGCUGUAGUACGAACCAAACCACCAUAAAGCCUAAAGCUUGGGGAGGGAGGCACAAACAGCUGGAUGUCUACUGGAUGUCACGGCUCCCUCUAGUGGCCUUUCUGUGGCUGCCAUUUUGCAUCCCUACAGUAGGUAUUGAGUUUAGUAGAGUCAGGGUUGCAAAUGGCUCAAGUGAAAGCAAGCCAUAGUGCUCUUGAUCUCGGCACUUAUGUACUCGCACACAAACACACACAUACAUACACAGUGUUGCUUUUGUCCUGUUCAAGCCUUAACUCUUUAACUUAAACUGUUGUUUCUCAGUCAGUGUGUUAACUGUACUUAACUAAUAUUAUCUUGUACAUUUUUUCUAAUAUCAUGUAAACGGAAGUAAAUUGUGUCUGUACGUACAAGCUGCUUUUGUAUUUGCAAGCCGGCGACCUGUCUGCCCUGCUGAAACUGCCCGAGGACUGGUGCGACAGCCAGGUGUCUCCCUCUCUGUCUCCCUUUUCAAAAACUAAAACGUGUCUGAUGUCGCACACUCGCGCUUUGAUUCGUCAGACGGACUGACAUCUGUUUGUUCCCGCUUCACCGUCUAUUCUCUUGUCCUUUCAUUGCACAGGUUCCUCUUUUAAAAUCUCCCAGCUGACAAUUCGAGCGUGUGUGUGUGUGCAUGUUUGUGUGUGUCGCUAUGCUGUAUCUGUAGGAAGUGUCAGCCAUUUCAAUCCCAAGGUUUGGGAGCACAUCAGGAAAAAAGGGCCUGAACCAAUCACAGCCCUUAAUUGUGGUGACUUCCAAUAGCUUCCCUCAAUAGAUGGACCUUUCUUAUAAAGACUGGACAGAAAAUAGAAGGUUGGUGUAAAUACUGCAGUGUAAUACAGAAUAUAUAAAGCCAUGCGUAAUAGACAAUAUCAUAUAUAAUGGACUUUCCUUUGUGAGCGUAUUGUAUAACACGAAUGAAAGGAAAAGAUAUAUUAAAUGUCUGAUUUUUUUAACCUAUACUGUUAUAUAUUUGUAAGAUAAUAAUGUUCCAAGGUAAUUCAAGUCAUUUAUUAAUACUGAAUCAACAUUUGUUUUGACUUAAAUGUAGUUAUUUGGUUUUGUUUUGAACUUUUAAGCCAAAUAUUAGGGCACAGUCCUCUUCUCUUCUCUUUUUUUUAUCUUCUCUUUUCUUGUAAAAUGUUUUUCAGGAGGUUUUGUUGGAACUCUACCAGGAGCUUUUCUUCCAUAUCCAGCUGCCAUUUUUCAUAAAGGUUUCAAUCUAUAAGUUCCUCCCAAUCCAUACUACAUACUACUUAAUGCAGGUCUGAGUAUUCACACUGCACAAGUAACUGAAUAAAGUCUGCUCCAAAUGCUCAGUUAUAGUUUUUGAGCUAUGCUGUAGUGGGCCACUGUUUAUCUCACGGGGAGCAAAUUACAGGUAAAAUUAAAAACUAAUGGUGGAUGGCAGGGAAACAACUCCCACAACGCCUCCAAAAUUAAAAACAUUUCUUUUUAUUUUCUUUUCUCUUUUUUUGGAAAAGCAAAAUUAGCUGUUACUGGGUGAAGUUUCAUCUGCAGUGUAAUUUGAGAGUCACAGUUUGAUUGCAUUUGCACGGUGCACAUAUUACAUCACGCCCUGUCGUUAUAAAACUGUGAAAUGCAGAUUUUUAUCUCUAGCCUUUUAAAACAGUGCAAUAUACAGAGUGCUAUAUGAUGUAUGCAGUUAAAGUUAGUAUGUAGUAUAAGAUUGGAACUGUCUGGAUGAUUUUCUGCAUUUAUGUUGCUUUCGGCACGUGAAAUGCUACUAAUAUGCUGCUGUGCAUGUGAAUCUCUGCUCCUUCAAUUUAAGUUUUUCAGUGGAAAGAAAGCAGUUUAUUGCUGCUCAUUUUAGCCAAGCUCAAUUUCUUUUCAAGUGGCUUUUACAAAGGAACAUGAUACCAUGUCUUAAUUUUCUCCUUUGCAAAAGCUAACUCCAAUAUAUAUUUUGUGUAUCUCAUUUCUACUAGUGUCCUUAAAUAACUUCAGUGCAGAUGAUUGUUUGGUGUUCAUCACAGAGGAAAGAGCUUUCAUAUUUCAGUUUGGACACUAGGUUUAGGUACACAGGCCUCUUGUCUAACAAACCGGCAAUAACUAAUGCUCUUGCUGCUGUAGAAAGUUGAAUGUAUACGUUGUUCAGUUUGUAGUGAAAAUGUUUUGCCACUCACACAGAAUUAUAUACUCUUAACGGCUCCUACACAAGGUGACAGCUUCCUUUCUUUUCUUUCUGUUUGUGUUUUUACAUUCUGCUCUUAACUGACUCUAUAUCUUCGAACAGAAUAUUACUUGCAUUGCCAUGGCAACCACGCUCAUCACACACUGUGAAAACCAAUAGAAAGCGAGAUCAGAUCAUGUGUACACGUCAGUCCAGUCCAGAUAUGUGCUGUGAGUUUUUUAAUCACUGAGGUAACAGCUCACUGUAAACAGGAUGUACACGAUGUUUCAGUGCACAGACGCAACAAUGGGUGAGUGUCACUGUUCUUGUGGGAGUGGUGGCUUGCAGGAACGCUUGUCAAGGCCUGAGAAAAAGGCUAAACAUUAAACUAAGGGCAAUAAACAGACACACACAUUCUCAUGUUUUCCAUUACUUCCUUGUCUGUCCUGUUCUGUGAAUCAGUUUUACUGUGUGCCAUGUUGCAUGUCUUUUAGUUUUCUGACCAUAGUGAACUGUGAUAUAUUCUGAAACAAGUAUCCAUGAUCCAUAAUGCAGAAUACAGACACGAGUAAAGAAAAAAAAAAGGAGAGGAUGCUGAACAUUUGCACAAAUACAGGAAGGAGAGGAUCAGUCGCAGUGACUGCUGAUCAAAGCCUAAGUGUAUACACAGUCUGCAGAGUAUAAUUAAUUUUCUCCCUUUUGUGCAUUUGACAGCUCCUCUUCUAUUAUUUCAGACUCAUUUGUGAAGCCUCCUUCCUCAGCUGUUAUGGACUUACGUACGAUAUGGACAGUUUGCCCAUAGACUUUCCCUAUUAUUACCAUCAGUCAUUUUCAUUCAAAGGCACAAAACAUUUGAAGUAUGAGGCUGGAAUCUAAUUUCAGAUGAUUUGCAGCUUUUUCCUGCUGAUCCUAAAACUUGAUUUGAUGUAUAUAACAUUUUAGAUGAAUCCUAUACGUAAAGGUAAAUCAUGUUUCAUUUUAUGCUCUAAUUGUCUUUAUAACAACAUACACUUUCUGUUUAUCAUCGAUUUCUGCAAUAUUUUCAAUUUUCAUUUCUUCUGAAUCUGCUGACUUGUCUUUGCAUGCCUGUACUAAUAGGUCAGAUCACCUUAUAUCCAAAUUCUAAAAUUAGCCUCCUUAAAAAUGUUCACCAAUCUAUUAUCUAUACACUGCUUGAUCCUCAUUAGGGUGGUGGAGGGGCUGGAGUCUAGGGAGCAAAGGCAGGGGACACCCUGAACAUGCCACUGCUCACAUUCACACCUACAGGCAGUUUAGAAUCACCAAUUAACCUCAGCAUGUCUUUGGACUGUAGGAGGAAGCCGGAGAACCUGAUUAAAACCCAUGUAUGCCCUGUUAUCCACUGUGCAGCCUCUUUAAAAACAUUGUAUUCUCUAAAUUUAAAUAUUGUGCUCUCGAGAUAAGUGUCAAAAUCAUGUAGUUUGACACCAAGCUAGAAUCACAUGCUUUCAUUUUGGGUUUUUUUUUAAACUGCUUUGAAUUCUAAAUACGCUGCACAAUGUCAUUUCAGCUGUGUUGGCUUGUCAUUUGCAUAUUUCACACCUGCAAAGUCAACAAUACAUUAUCAGUGUGAAAUUGCACAGGAGAUAUGUAUGUUAAACAUCUAUGAUCCGCUUUCCUAUCCUUCCUUGCUCUGCUGCUUCAACCCUCAAAUGGUCUGUUUGCUCAGUCUGGUGCGCUGAUUUUUCCAGAAGUAAGUCCAGUAAGCACACCUUCUACCACAGGAAAUGCUACAAAGAGAAAGAACCCCAUAUAUGGUCAAAUCUACUUUCCCUUGAUGACAUCUCUUACAAUCUGUGGCUAUUUGCUAAAGCAGUUUUGCAUUUUUACCUUCUUAAGCACUUCUUUAAAUUGUUUUUCCCCAUACUGUGCUUCCCACUGCCUGAUAUCCUCUAAAGCAGCUGUAACUAUAAACUAUAUACACUAAACUAUAAACUUUGAGGCACUGUGGUCCUCUGGACUCUGGGCUACAGUUUGAUUUGCUUGGUUGAAAACUGUCCAGUUGGACUCCAGCGCUGGCUUUCUGCCAGGUGAUUGCACUCACCUCCAUCACCCUGAAAGACAAGAUAGAAAUGUCUGUGUGUGAGGCAGAGUGUGUUAUGAUCGGAGACAGGGCCUCUGAUGGUGGAGGUGAACAGCUGAGGCAGCAGACUUUAAAAUGCACUGUUUGCUCGUCUGGUUUCCCGUCUGCCUGCUUGCCUGUCUGUCUUCCUGACUGUCUGUUUUCCACUCUAACUGUCUCCCACAAUGGAUUCGGGUACUAAAGUCAGUCAUGCCUGAAUUAUUUUAGUGGUAUUCCAUCAGUCGCAUCAGCUUUUUCCCCUACAUUAUGUCAUUGCCAUGUAUACUACAGAGUCAUGUGUGUGUGUGUGUGUGUGUGGAUGUCAAAACAGAACACAAACCAAGAGGCAGAAUCCUUUACACACAGCAAGUUAUGAAAGAGCAAAAAGACAGAAGUGAGGAGUAACUGAUGCUUGGAGAAGAAGAAUCAUGGCACUAGAAUAGAAUUUGCAGUAUGAAAAAGUGGGCCGAGUGCAAAACCAACCCUAUCUGAUUUGAGUCUACUUCUCAGCUUCCUCAUUUGUUUAAAAUCACUGUUCACUGUUGGAAAGAAGCCACCAGUUUGACUUUUAAGCGCUCCUUCUUUAAUCGUGGACAGAACAAUGUUCAAAUGUGGUCCGGUCUUUCCUAGUUGUCAUUCUGAUGCGUGACUGACAGGCUUUCAGUCUAACCGGAGUUGAGAGAAGCACCAGCUUUUGUGUGUAUCAGCGAAGCUGUUUUGUUUAGUUUUAACAUAAAACUUUCAAGAAAAUAUAUUCAAAGUGAAAAAUAAGGGAUUACAGUUGGAAUUGAAGCCACAGCAAACUGAGCUGGUAAACAAGCUUUAGAGUAGAGCUAUUGUUUGUGGAUUUUUCUUUACGUUAAUGAGGAGUUGGAGGCUGAGCUACAGUAUUUAUACCUUCAAGUAGUGAGUCCCCAGUUUGAUCCAUGGCCUCUGGAUCUUUGCUGCCUGUGAUUUCCCUUCUCUCCUUUCUCACAUCUCUCCAUCUAUCUCCACUGUAACUAUCCAACAAAGGCCAAAAAAAAUUUAGGAGUCGGCAGUAAUUCUGUAUUUACCUACUUAUAUUUCAGUGUUAGAGCCGUGGCUUUGGGCAGAUAGCAUAUUAAGCAGCUUGUUGGCAUUGUUAAACUAACACAUUGCUUUCUUUCUCUGCCCAGCAAACAGAGAGUCUGUGUUGAGCUCGAUGAAGCCAGUUGGUCUCUUUAAAGCAUUAGCUGUUCUCAAUUGUCAGCCUGUAUCUCCACCUUCUCAUUUGGGUCGAACAUAACGAGUCUGCUGUGUUGUAGUUCCAGUUAACCUGUCAGCCCAGCCGUCAAACUAGAGUGGAACUGAUUUGUUGUUGACAUUUUCCUCUGGUCGUCUGAAUCUUAUUUGCAUCUAAUAGAAACACCUGGUGGCCUGUUUAGACAAAGCACAAACUCGAGUGAAAUAUGAAGCGUUAAAGGAAACAUGCUCCACAUACAAAACACAUGCGAAGAGGAAAAGGCUACAGGCAUUGACCACCUUCUAGAGCGCUGUGAUGAGCAUCAACCUUACAGAUCAUUUUAAUUCUUUUUUUUUUGCUAUAGGUUGUAUUUCUGGAUUUGGAAGCACCUUUCAUUAAAUGCUUGUGCUUUCAUUCUGUGUUUUGUCCUUUGGCGCCAAAAUGCCCAUACCAUCCUGGUAUCUGGCACAGAGAUUAUUUUGAAAUUCUCCCUUUCCUCUUUGCACAUGUUCAUCACAGACACUUUAAGAAAGAUGCAUCAGCCACUAAUGUGCAUUUCAGAAAUUGUUGGUGAGCACAUUUCCAGCCGUCUUCCUGUAAGUGUUCAGGCUGCCAGUCAGAGACAUGAGUUCUCACAAAAUAAUACACCUGUGCUCCAAACGUAGCUUGUACUUUCAUAAUCAGGCCCCUCACACGUGGAAUUACAGAUUGAUUAAGAUGUUUGACGUGCCUUCUAUCAGUCACUCCAUCAGAUCUGAACUUUCUUAAUGGUUCUGAAUUGCAGAUAACGAGGUCUGAGCUGGUGUUUACUUCGACUGCCGCUCUGUGUUUGUGUGCUGGAUCCACUAAUUGUGUGUGCGUCUGGGGGUGUAGCUCUCUAGAAAUGUGCUCCUAGCAGGUAAUGUUGGUAAGGAGAGACAGGCUGCAAGAAAGAGACGAGUAGAAAAACAACUCCAGCUGCACAGCCAGCAGGGAUUUCUCUCUCUUUUCUUUUUAUUUUACUUUCUCCUCUUCUGUCUACUCCCUCAGUGAAGUGUUGGUUAUGUCUGCCAGACUCCUGCAUGUUGCACAUACCUGUAGAACUACCACACACACCCUCCGACACACUGGAAAUGUCUCCUCUGUGUUCUGGUGUUUGUAUUAGAUGGACUCUUACGGGCCGUUUUGCCCUUCUAGUCUCACGCAGCUCCCCUGCUGCGGUUCAAAUCUUUAUGAAUUCAUUAUAAUGCUCAUGUUUUUAUGCUUAUUAUUGUCUCCCCUGUGGAGUAAGUCAUCGUGCUCAUUCGGAAUCAACAGAGGAAAUAAUCCUGAUGUGCGUUUUAAAGGUCAGCUGACAGACAUCAUUCCUGCCUCCCUGGUGAACAGAUAUCUGACAGCAGUCUAAUUGCAGACACAUCAGGUGACAGUUACCUCAGUCGUGAUCUGUGCAAACAUGGCUUUGUGAAAAAUAUUUGUCAGAGUCGACACAAAUCCAAGAAACUGCAUGUAAAAGUUGGACAAGGCGACCGUAAUGUCACCCCUAGCUACAGUUUGCACCGGUACUAUAGUGACCUGUUAAUCACAAGGUUGACUCACCCUAAAACAUACACUACUUUAUUGGAUAUUUUAUUGUAAAUUAGGCCAUAAUUUAGAAAAUAAACAUCAAGUUGUAUUUCAGGAAGACAUACAAUGAGUCAUUGAGGCCAUAAACUUUUCAGAAAAAUGUUUACAAAUGCAAAAAAAUCACGGAAGAAGUAGGAUCAGUGUCUCAUAGUCUUCCAUACUAUCUUUUCACCCUCUGCUGGACAUUAGAAAUAAUGCAGGUUGAAAUCACAGUGUUAGUGUGACUGGAUGUAGACUGUGGGUAUCAGCCUGCCAUUGGCUACGCACUUCACGUUAUUUUGUCCUCCACUUCUGAUAUCCAUGUGCUAAUGUUUUCUAAAUCACCCUCACUACAGGAAACUAGAGCUUGUGAGCAGCAACCUACCACAAUGAACACUUCCAGCUUUUGGGAAAGUUUGAAUUGUGCAAUAGAACAGUGCUGCUCGUGGUUUUUCAGUGAUUUAUCUAUGUUGAUGACAGUGCUUGCCUCCUUCGGUGACACCAAAACAAUUUCCACCCAUCGUUACUUUGAGCGAAGUCUGCCUGUGUAUCCUAUUCUUAGCCCCACCCAAGCAGAUUGUGAUUGGUUUAAAGAAAUAGAAACACACCAGUCAGACCAUUCUACACUGAGCUGUGUCACUGCUGGAGAAUGGUCUGACACUUCAUUUUUCAAAUCCAGCCUAAGUCAAGCUUUUAUAUACACUCAAUGGCAAAGACCAACAAUGUUGUUCUUACCCAAGAUUCAGUGUUACUCAAACAUUAGGAAAAGUGUUGUGCAGUGUUUUCAGCUUCGGAAUAGUAAUAUCGGGUUCUGCGUACUCGUUAGUAAGAUGGUUAUGACUGGUUUUGUCCUUUCAUUGAAUUUGUUGAGAAGGAAAAAGUGUAGAAUAUCUCCAGUAUCUCACAAGAUUUGUUAUUUCUUUUGAAUUUUAAAAUGUCAUUUAGAUGAAAAAGUGAUGAUCUUUAGUGAAAUGCCUGUGAAGGGCUGGCAACCUGUCUAGUGUAUAUCUGCCUUUCAUGUAGAUAGGUGUUGGAAAAAGUACUAAUGUCUUGAGUAAAAGUAAAGACCGGAGUGUAAAACACAACAAGUCUUGCAUCUAAAAUGUGUCUUAAGUAAAAGGAGAUGUGUCGUCGGCCAAAAAUGAAUUAUCAAAGCAAAGCUUUGCAGGCAGAAGGGCUUCUUCACAUGUAACUAUCAUAUAUUUUGAUAUUAUUAGCAACACAUUUACAUUGACCCAAGUGAACCUUUAACCCUUUUACACAGCACAGCUCAGGUGUGCUUCACCGGUUGUUGCAUUUGAUGUCACACACAGUUUUACUCGAUGUCAGGGUGUUCUAUUCUAGGGUGCACCAGCAAAGAUGUCAGUUUGUUCACGUAAAUAUCGAAGAUCUAAAUGUGGAUAUAAUCCAUGAAUCUGGCAAAUAGCUGCUGUUGCGUCAAAGUGAGACUGGGCUCUGAGUUUAAUACAGGGAUUAGUAAAUUGUCUUUUUAAAAACCGUCAAAAUUAUAUUUUGACAUGAGCCGCCUGAAUGCUCGAUUAGUUAUACUCUGUGUGAGGACAGAAAGACAUAUUAGGGAAAAUGGUGGUGGUUCAUUCUCUAAUUUUGCGUCCUGCAUUUGGAAACAAGUAUACCAGGUGGCGCUGCAGAGUCAAGGAAGGCAGCACAUUAGCCAGACAGUUUCUGCCUUUUGUGGGCAAAGUCUUGACAUGUCUUUUUUUCUCUCUCUGUCCAUUCACCACAAACAGCUUUUUUAUCUUUCCUCAUGGCUGGUUUCCCAUCCAGUCAGAUUUUGUAGAAAUACAGGACAGGUUUGGUUUGAUCCUCAUUAGGGUGGUGGAGGGGCUGGAGUCUAUCCCAGCUGAAUUAUAGCAAAGGCAGGGGACACCCUGAACAUGCCACUGCUCACAUUCACACCUACAGGCAGUUUAGAAUCACCAGUUAACCUCAGCAUGUCUUUGGACUGUAGGAGGAAGCCGGAGAACCUGAUUAAAACCCAUGUAUGCCCUGUUAUCCACUGUGCAGCCUCUUUAAAAACAUUGUAUUCUCUAAAUUUAAAUAUUGUGCUCUCGAGAUAAGUGUGCCUGCAUUAAAUUUACAGCUUUUCUUAAUGCACCUUAGCAUAUGCUAAACUUUGCAUUUUUCUCAUUUCAUCUUUAUGCGUGCGGUUCUUCACGUCUCAAAGUGUCUCAGUACAGCAAGACUUCCUACCUUCCUCAACUAUUUGUCCUGAAAGAAUCAGUUUUAUGUGAUGUUGCAAUAUUCUCUUCAAAACUGCCUCCACAGUUUCAGUAUGAGAUUAUAAAAUACAGAUAGUUCUACAAUAUUUCCAAGUCUGUGAUUAACUACUCCUGUAGGUCAUCAGGCCCUUUUAUACUGAGGAAUGUUUGUUCUUUAGCAGUCAGACUGAUGAGUGAAGGGCAGUGUCUUUUUUUUUCUGUGCCUCCAACUAGACGCUACGUCCUCAUGAUGAUUGUACACAAAAGGGGCCUGGUUCCCUGAAAAUAACAGCACAAAUCAAGCUAACAUCUUGACCUGUCAGUGAGCCAGCUGCAGUUUGCAUCUUGGGGGAAGAAUUCGGCAUAAACUUGGUGCAAAUGCAGCUUUUUUUUUUUCUUUUCUUGUUUCUGUUCUUUAGCUGUUAAUGAAAGUGUGAUACUGGCAUGAAAAAAAGACAAUUUUAUUCUUGGAGAGUGCUCGUUUGUAUCAGAACAGAAAAAUCCUAUCUGUCGUCUUGUGUGGUUUAGCUGUGGUUUGUUUGCUGUCGACUUAACACAAACACAAACCUACAGAGCCCCUCUGGUGGCAUGGUAAAAAAUAAAUAAACUGUGGCCACAAUAUAGCUAUAACGUCUGCACGAAAUAAAAAGCACUUUUUAAGAUGAUUUGAAGCUGAAGCUCUGAACAGAAUGUGGUCCGGACCAGGGUUGGUCUGCAGCAUAAGUUAGCAUGGUGAUCUAGCCAGCUUAAAACAGCGACACCUUAGUGACACAGAAAACUCCGGUUUUAUGCGUAACAUACCUCGCUUAGUAGUAUGCCUACACCCCUCAGCUGUUCUUGAAAAGUGUCUUGAUAUGUGUGCAGGGCUGCAGCUCCUACAGACACAAAUGAGUUUACGGAUACAUAUUAGCACAACAAAACAACGUGUAGUAACAGUUUACAAAAAAGUUUGUAAAUCGGGUGACACGUCAACAGAUAAGCUACCCGUUGCAACAAAGUAUCAAACAUAGGCCUAAAUAACUGCCUAAAUGCAGAAUAACAAGAUAUGGACUAGAACAGCUAAGAAAAGACACUCACCUUAGGAACAUCACGUAGGUCCGGGGCCACUAUUGCAGGUUGUAGAGACGGUGCGCUUGAUUUGCUUACCCAGCUGUCCAGGAAUGAUAUUAAUAGUAUUUCGUGCGCACGUUGUACCUAAUCCGUGUCCACAAAUGAGUAUUUCAUGCAAACGAAUUAGUAUUUUGUGCGCACGUUAUAGUUAUAUCGUGGCCACAAUUUAUUUAUUUAUUCCAUGUCACCAGAGGGGCUCCGUACAAACUCAAUCAGUUCAGGUUAAAAUCCAGACCUUUUUCUGUUCUUGUGUAAACGGAGCUUCCUCUCAGCUUCAGUGUGUUGCCAUUGUACCAGUAUGUAUCCUGCAUAUUACACAAGGCCAGCGGGAGGCUGGACUUCGCAAUAGUGAAUGACUGUGUGUGUGUUGAUCACAAAGCUUUGCAAUACUGAAGUAUUUCUGAUUCUCUGACACGUUUUAAUGGCUGUAGAUAAAUCUAGAUUUGCCGUGCAUAUUGCUUUGUAAACAGCGUUUGCUUUUCAAGUUUGUGGAUUUUUUUCUGACCUGAAAUAUACUGUAGAUUUUGCUAAAUUUUAUAUCACACCGACAUUGAUAUUGUUUUACUGUGAAUAGGUAUUUGUAGAGCAACUUUAGCAUGCCUACUUACAACUGUAAUAUAUACAACAAACUGUUUUCAGUAGUUAAUAAUAUUGCAUUUGGACUGACACAAAACACAAGAAACAUUGAUUUUAUUUAUUUUUUCAUUGUGUAUUUAUGGAUACUUUUGCCUUCCAUACUUUCAUCUUAUUUUUUUGUUGAAAAAUAUAUAUAUAUUUCUUUUCUCUUAUUUAGAGCAGAAGGAACUGUCUUUUACAUUCCUCAAUAAAAUGUGGACUGAAGUGCUUUUUGUCCUCUUGACGGCC